CUGCAGCGGCGGCCGGGGCGGUAGACAGGGAAGGGCGCCAAGAUGAUGAGCGGAAGGCCCGGCCGGGAGCCCUUGAAGUUCCUGCCCGACGAGGCCCGGAGCCUGCCGCCGCCCAGACUCAACGACCCGCGACUCGUCUACGCGGGACUCCUGGGUUACUGCUCGGGCCUGAUCGACAACGCCAUCCGCCGGCGGCCCGUGCUGCGCGCGGGUCUGCACCGCCAACUUUUGUAUGUCACCUCCUUUGUUUUUGUUGGAUAUCAUCUUUUAAAACGACAAGACUAUCUGUAUGCUGUGAGGGACCAUGAUAUGUUUGCCUAUAUAAAGUCACAUCCGGGGGAUUUUCCUGAAAAAGAUAAGAAAACUUACGGUGAAAUCUUUGAAGCGUUCCAUCCAGUGCGUUAAAAUCUCUGAAACACUUGCUCUGAUUUCGCUGUUUGUCUCCAAAUUUUAUGGGAUUUAUUGACAUCUGAAGUUUAUGUGAAUAUGUGUAUUCAUGCAUUGUGAUUAAAAUGGUAAUCAUGA